AUUAUUUGUUGUAGAUGGCAGCACACCAUCAACCAUCACGUGAAUUUUCAUGGCGGUGUUGUAGGGCUAGUCCCGUUUCGUCUUGUGAUUUCACCAAAAAAUAGCUGUUUCGAAUAUUUAUUGUUAAACAGCAUUAAAUUUUAAAUACCGGUGAACAAGAUGAGUGAAUAUUGGCUGAUAAGUGCCCCUGGCGACAAGACCUGCCAGCAGACCUGGGACACCUUGAAUAAUGCCACCAAAUCAGGCAACCUUAGUGUCAACUAUAAAUUUCCCAUACCUGACCUAAAGGUCGGUACACUGGAUCAGUUGGUUGGAUUGUCAGAUGAUCUUGGCAAGCUCGACACUUUCGUCGAGGGUGUUACUAGGAAAGUCGCUCAGUACCUUGGCGAGGUACUCGAAGACCAACGCGACAAACUGCACGAAAAUCUUAUGGCAAACAACAGCGACCUGCCCACCUAUUUGACUCGAUUCCAAUGGGACAUGGCAAAGUAUCCCAUAAAGCAGAGCCUCCGCAACAUCGCCGACAUCAUCAGUAAACAGGUGGGUCAGAUCGACGCGGACUUGAAGGUGAAAUCAUCGGCAUACAAUGCUCUCAAGGGUAACCUACAGAACUUAGAGAAGAAACAGACCGGAAGUCUCUUGACUCGUAACUUGGCCGAUUUGGUCAAGAAGGAGCAUUUUAUUUUGGACAGCGAAUACCUAACGACGCUGCUCGUCAUUGUACCAAAGUCUAUGUUCAACGAUUGGAACGCAAAUUACGAGAAGAUCACGAACAUGAUCGUGCCUCGUUCCACUCAGCUCAUCCAUCAGGAUAAUGACUACGGUCUCUUCAGCGUAACUCUCUUCAAGAAGGUGGUGGACGAGUUCAAGCUGCACGCGCGGGAGCGCAAGUUCAUCGUGCGCGAGUUCUCCUACAACGAGGCCGACCUCGCCGCCGGCAAGAACGAGAUCACCAAGCUCGUCACCGACAAGAAGAAGCAGUUCGGUCCCUUGGUGCGAUGGUUAAAAGUGAACUUCUCUGAAUGUUUCUGCGCCUGGAUACACGUUAAGGCUUUAAGAGUAUUCGUCGAAUCAGUUCUAAGAUACGGCCUGCCAGUGAACUUCCAGGCCGUGGUGAUGGUCCCCGCGCGCAAGAGCAUGAAGAAGCUGCGCGACGUGCUGCAGCAGCUCUACGCGCACCUCGACCACUCCGCGCAGACGCACGGACAGAACGCGCAGGACACGGCUGAGUUAGCGGGUCUCGGGUUCGGUCAGUCCGAAUACUUCCCGUACGUGUUCUACAAGAUCAACAUCGACAUGGUGGAGAAAGCCUAAAAUACCGUCAGCAUUACAAUUAUUUAUAGGUAAUGUUACCAGGCGAGCUGCUGUAUGUUUGUCCGAAUAAGUGCUAGCAAGCAAUAGUUACAAUUAUUCUUUAAAAUUUUAACAAAACCUCUUUGGUUCUAUAUAAAUCAAGACGAUAAAUAUUUCUACACUUUUAUUUUUCUCUGUACAGUUAAAUAAUGAUUUUUGUGUGUUAUUAUAUUAAAUGCAUGUUGAUGCUGUACUAUUUAUAUAUUUAAUUAAAAAUAAAUAUAACUAUUUAUGAUGCCAUUAUAGAAGAAAAAAAAUAAGAGCUUUGCCGCGUAUUCCGUGUGACGGAUGAGAAAAUAUUUUCGUAAACGCAACAAUUUUAUUUUCAGUAUUAAAGUUGCGUUGUUAUAGAGUAGCCUUAUCUUUUUGCGACACUGUAUAAAAUAAAUUGUUCAAUAAAUUAUAUUGGAGUUUAUGAAAAUGCUAUGUAAAUAAGAACAUUCCUCAUUAUAACUUGUGUAGUACAUAAUAAAAUAUUAUUCAAGUUACUGUU